AUGACUGCAUUUCUUCUUUCGAUUUGCGCACUCGACCGCUGCCUCACUCUUUUCGAUGAAUAUCGCCAUCUGAACCAGGGUCAAAUUCUCACCGCGCUCGUCCCAAGAGCAGCUCCUGUGCGACGCCGCAGAGCAAUUGUUGCCCAACACCGGGCUUCAUCCACUCCUUUUUCCAUCCAGCGUCGCAAGCACCACGUUAGGCAUAGUAGCCGUCACUCGUUAUCCAAAGUUACCAGGAGGCAUCUGGAUAUGGCCUCGCAUUCAGAAAUACGCCGUCGCUCAUCUGCUGCUGAUCGAGCGCCAAUUGAGCCCUCAGUCAUCGGCAGCGCUGUCUGCGCGGCAACGUCUACAUUCGCUCCGGCCCCUGAGCCAGCACUAUCAUCAACACCCCUGACAACCACAACGGCAACCUCAACUGCAACUCCCAUUGCAACUCCCAUUGCAACUCCAUCCCAUACAGGCAAAAUCAACAAGCACAGAAGUCUUGACGGCAGCACCAUGCCACCGCCGCCAUUACCCACAGACAAAAUGGCACCUUCUCCAUCCACGAAGCGACACUCACGGACUGAUUCUUCAUCACGUAUCCCAAACAGACUCUCCCUUACUCUGCCAAUUGCUCUGCCCACCAGCGAUCCUUCACGACCUACGCCAUCAACAACAUCAGCUACACCGUCGUCGAUGCCACCUACUCCGCAACAACAUUCAGCUUUGCCGUCACCUUCCAAUGUGAAUGAAUUUAUAGUAACAAUCGCCGCAAAGGAGCGCAAAGUGCUAGAGCUGAGAGAGGCAUUGGCACGGGAAGAGGCGGAGCUGGCAGCCCUUAAGAAGAAGUUCUCCUCUGUGGACGCGUUCCACAAGCAAGAAAUCAGCUAUCAUGAUUCAGGCAGCAGAAAUGCAACACCAACCGGAGACGGAGGGGUGCAUUCGCCCAGGUACAGCGUUGACAUGGACCGGAGGAGCCUCCUACUUCAGAACCAGAGCACGCCUACACAAAAUCGCCGAGCAGCCUUCCGGGGACGACAUGCCCGCACACUGUCGCUGCUCUCCCCCGUGAGAACGAAUUCGGAGUUUUCCGUCUUGGAGGACAAGAAUGGCGAUGAGUCCCACCCCUCUCCUCUUCUGGAUCGGAGGGCUUCCCAGGCUGGCAACCCGACGCUGGCGAAGAGAGCUUCUUGGCAGCCCAGAACACAACAGAACAGUCCUGUCGUCCCGCAACUAGUGGAAGACUUCAAACUUGGUUUCAGAGCAUUUGUGGAGGAUAUUAGACAGAUUACCAUCGGUGACGAGCCUGUUCAUGGGCAGACUGGCAGUCAAGGACACCACCGGGCAGGGUCGAUGAGCCAGGCUGGACCAUCAGAUCAACCCAAGUCUAGAAACAGCUACAUAGCACCACGAACAAGCAGCCCUUUAGGGGCGUCGCCGUCGGUAACAGCGCCCCCCACACCAGUCGGCAAUCAAAAGGAGGCCACAUUGGAAAAACCGCGUCCUGCAAAAAAUAAGCACUUUUCUUGGACGCCUCUUGGGUUUGAUUCCAUGGACGAUACCGAUUGGGCGAAUUGGGAGUCGCCUGUGCCUGUGAAGAGCACGCGUUGGAGCGGGUCGACGGUACAUAGCGGAGUGAUGGAUGAUAUUCAGAGUAUUCCCGAGAAUGAGGAGCACACGACACCAGUGAAACCAAAAAACGUGGACACCCCCAUCCUAUCCCCGAACAAACUCGAAGAAAUCCUCCCAAACGUCGUCAACCGGCUCUCGCCCAGCAACAUCAAGCGCACGGCCAACAGUCUCCUCGACGAGUGGGAAAAGUCUCUGGUGGCACCGACGUCAUCCGAGCAGGCCAACAAGGAAAACUCGACAGCAACGGCGACAACCGUCUGA